AUGGGUCCUAAGGCCAUUCUACUAUUACUGGUUGCAGCACGGACAGCGGAGGUUUACUGCGAUCUCAUCAGUGACGAUUGUCAAAUCGGUGGCUAUCGGUUACCAAAUGGCACCUGUGUCUGUCAUCGGUAUUGGCGUGAUGGCGACAUUGGCAAGUGCCGUGAUAUAGUUUGCCUCAACGAAGGAUAUUCCCAGAAUGGGACUGCUUUCUGCCAAUGUCCAACAGGAUAUCUUGGUCCCCAUUGCGAUCCUGUGAUGCUGUCACAAGCACCGGCAUCAGCUUUUGUUAAGCAGUCAACAUUCAAUGUGGUGAUCUAUAAUGUAUUCACUGAUUUCUGGGGAAAAGCUGGUUUCAAUCACUUCAAAGAGUCUGUGAAAAAUCAUCUGCAAACAUACAACUACAAUCAAUACAAUCUCGGUGUGUACAAGGAAGGUGUAAGCUCAACUGAUGAAUAUCCUGUACAGUAUGUGGAGGAAUCCAGUGAAGACACUUUUCUGGCAAACUUGCAGAACGAGAUGCCAGUGUACCCGAGCGUAUACGGUUGUAUGAACCUGCCCUUCUAUAAACCCAUGUAUAACUUAUUAACAAAAAUCGGGCUCCGUGACACUGCGGUGACGGUGGUAACGCAGUUCCCUCCAGCUGAUGAUGACAUGUAUUGGGGCAAACUUCAAGAGCUCGCUACGGCGUUCAAUAUACGAUAUGAAAAGCUGAAGAACCUGGCAUUCACAACGGGAGGGCUCUUCGUUCCACAGAAAUACGCUCCUGUUGACGACCCUCAGGUAAUUCCGUUCCUCCUUUUCCUCUUCCUUUACUUAGGGAAAAAGAAAAAAGAAAUAUCUUACGCCUACCAUCGAAAGUUCCUUUCUUCUUGA